CAUUUUGACGUUUUAUUUUAUUUUAACAGCUCCUCCGAAGUCACCAGCUGAUUUCAUGAGGAACUUUACUCCUGUUGGGAUGAGGAUUCCUCCCUUUAGUGACUUGAAGGAGGUCAACAGAGCGAACUACUUUCGCUUCGCUGAUAAACUCGGAGAGUUAAUGCUCGAGUACAACACCACCUUCUCCUGCCACGAGUCCCAGCUCUUUCCUGUUAACGAGCUGGAUGGUCUCAGGGCCCGGGUCGCCGAACUCGAAGAAGAAGUUUGUCAACUCAAGGAGAUGGAGGAAGAAAAUGCCAGGGCGGUGGCAAAGGCAAACGAGAUCCGGGAGCGAAUGCUGGAGGCCGAAGGUCGCUGCAACCUUCUUGACAUUGCCAAGACUGAUCUUUCCGAGAAGCUGAAGAUCGGGAAGAACCUGUAUCUCGAGGCAUGUGAAAAGAUUACCUCGCUGGAAGCUGAAGUUAAGCGAAGCGAGGAAUGGUGCAAGAUCGCUGCUGAGAAACGGGACGAGGAGCUCGCAGCAGCGAAAAAAGAUGAAAGGUUGAGGCUCCGUGAACUCUAUAGCGGACUCGCCUCGAAGCAUGAGACCUACUACCAGGCCAUCAGUGAUAAUGAGAUGAUUGGGACGCGUCUUGCCGAGACUCGGGCGAACCGAGAGCUUCUUGAGGAGAUUCUGAAGGGAGAGAUUCCGGACUUAAAAGCCGAACUAGAGUCGGUAAAGAAAGACGAGGAAGAGGCUGAGAAGAAAGCUCGCGAGGUAAGCGCUCUCAGAACUCAACCAAAUGAGUUCGCUCAUCUCUUUGUUGCGACUCCCCCAGAGCCCGUGCAAGAGACAUCUCUUCCCGAAGAUGAUGUCGCCAUUGAUGAGUUCGGAACUAAUAAAGGUUUCAUGACUGGCCAGGACUUCGAAGCCGCCGUUCUGCCCGAGGAGAUGCAGCAAGAUCCCGACGUCAAGGGUCAAUGAUCUGGUUCCGGAGUUGUGAUGGCU